AUGGCAUGGAAAGACCUAUCACAGUUCUUGGUUAUCUCUUCACAUGCUGGAUGUAACAAAGAGGGUGCUCGAGCUCCAUAUCUAGUUUCGAAUGUUGAUUAUGUUUCCGAGUCCAAUUUUGCCGUCUUAUCUGUUAAACGCCUUGAAUGGAGCGAUACAUAUGAUACGAUGGAAGUCAGAUUCGGCAUGGGUCUAUAUGAAAGUAUUUCGCUCCGCGUACACGUGACAUCUUCUGAAACUGUCUCUUUUUCACCAACUUCGUUCGCAACACCAACCGCAAGUACAUCAGUCCAUGAUAUUGGCUAUUCGGUACCCGCGGACUUUAAUCUUGGGAAUUUCUCUCUUGCAACUGCCAGAGCAAAUGAAACUUUAUCAAUCAAAUGUGUCAAAUGUUCCAUCAAAGGCUCGAUUGAAUUGACGCAAGGCGUUUUCACCAUUAAUGACUCGUCACUUGAAAUUCAGGAAGCAAUUAACUUCCUUGAAAAUGGUUACUUUGAAACGGUAGUCAAUGGGCUAGGCGCUCAUAUCGAGAUCGAUGCUGCCAUUGCUGGAACUUUUGACGAAUCUUUCAGUAUGAGUCUUGUUACUUUGACGCUACCUGGCUUUCAGAUUCCUGAAAUUGCCGCCAUAGGUCCAAUGUGGACUCCUACCAUCCGCGGCGCCAUCAAUAUCUCCACAAACUUAGACUUCACCUACGGUUUUGAAGUCGCCAUCCCAGACAAUUCCUCUAUACUACUCAACAUUGGAAACCUUAGCGAGUCCACCUCCCACGGUUUCCGCAACACAACCGUCACAGCACUCCCCCUAACCGCCACCGAUUCCUCCAUAGCCCUAACUCUCUCCCUCGCCCUCCACUCCGAAAUUUUCCUCGGCGUAGAUAUCCUAUCAGAAAGGGGCAGUCUAGCCGCAGGAGCCUUCCUCGAUCUCCCCGCCCUCUCAGUAUCCAUCACUAAACUCUCAUCCGUAGACAAAAACUGCAAUCCCGCACAAAGCGCCUCUGUAACCCCAUCUCAGAACCCUGAAUCCAAAGAUAUUUUCCCCUCUCUCAUAAAUAUCGUCACCAAAGCCGAAAUAGCACUCGGUCUCGAAACCAGGGCUGAAGUAGUAGUCCCCGAAAUUAAUUUCGUAGAAAAUGUAGGAAUGACGGCUACGCUUGCUGGAACGGAAUGGCUGCUUCCGACUGCGUGUUUGAGUUUUGAUAGUAAGAUGAAGGCGUUUGUUAGUCCGACAGCUGCUGCUGCGGCUACGGCUACGACUACGACUGGAAGUUCUUCGACUGAUUCGAAGCAAUCGGCUAGUGCUGGGAUGCAACUUUCCGCGCCUUUGGUAUUAGCUGGGGAUAUGGGAUCGUUGUAUUUGUUACAACGGGCUACACAACUACCAAGACACGUGAUCACAAAUGAUCAAUAG